AUGACGCCCAGCGGGCGCCCCGCCGGGCCCCGCCGCUCCCCCCAGGCCUGGACCGUGAAUUUGGUUACGAUGGAGACAGUGUCCCUGGAGCACCAGAUCCAGAGCGUGCAGCGGCACAUCGCUUUCCUAAAGAAGGAGCAGAUGGAGCUGCUUCAUGACCUGCACCUGGAGAUCCUCCGCUUGCAGAAGCACUGCUCAGAGCUCACCCAUGACCUGGAAAUGAAAGAGCUGGAGGCUCGCCAGCAAGAUGUCCUGGACCGGGAGCUGGAGGAGAAGUGCCGGGCGAUGGAGGCCCAGCUGCAGGAGAAGGAGAAGGACAACCUGGAGCUGCGCAAGGAGCUGCAGCACAAGGAGACGCUGGUGGCUGCGCUGCGCUCCAGCCUCCGCAGCAAGGAGCGCCGGUUCCUGGAGGAGCUGAAGCGUCGGAGCCACCGCGUCACCAUCCUCGACACGGAGCUGCAGAAGCAGACGGAGGCGGCCGCCUACCUCUCCUUGCAGCUGCACGCCACGGCCCAGCGCCUGCCGGGCCCCCGGGCGGGCGGGCGGCCGCCCCCCGAGCAGCCCCCGGCCGAGGGGAGGCCCCGGCGCCGCGGCCACAGAGCGCCCGCCCGGCGCCCGCCCGGGGACGGCGGCCGGCCCAGGGACCCGGUGCCGGAGGAGCACGACGCCAUGCCCGACCCGGCCCUCUUCCUCUACACGUCGCGGCCCCGCGCCCCGCAGCGCCUGUCCCCGGAGCCCCCCGAGCCCCCCGCCCAGCCCCGCGGCCCGGCCGGCAACGCCCGGGGGCAGAGGCCGCCCCGGCAGCCCCCGCAGGACCCGGCGGCCAGGGCCAGGUCGGCCAAGGGCGAGCCCGGAAAGAGGCAGGGGGCCGGUGCCCACGGUGCCCCCCGGGCCCAGGAAUAGGCCCAGGAAUAGGGGACAGCGUGGCCCGACCGGCCGGGAAGGCCUGAGCCUGGCAGCACCGGGGCGGGCGCCGGCCAAGGUUCUUUUUCCCGUCCCCUCGGGGGGGAAGGGGCAGCAGAAAGCGGCCGCCCUGCAUGCACCUCCCACCCACAGGACACCGGGGGGACUCCUCUGCCCGAAGGGUCUGAGCCGAGGGUGGCACCAGCAAAGCUGCGGGACGGGGAAGCACCCACCACCUGGGCUGUGGAGGGGACGUGGUCCAGCGCCUGUCCAGAGCUUCCAAGGAAAGAAGGAGAGAGAGAAAGAAAAGGAGAAAGAGAGAGAGAAAAAAGAAAGAAAAGAAAAGAAAGAAAGAAAGA